UGCACUGCGCAUGCGGGAAGAUGGCGGCCGUGGCUCCGUAAGAGCCGUGGGUCACCCCGUUCCCCGGCCGUCUGCGUGAUAACUCUCGGGGCCUUGGGCAGUGGCGGGUCCGUCCGCAACCCGCUUCAGCCAGGGGCACCUCCUACCAGACCGCGAGCUCUGUUCGUGCUCGGCUCCGGGAACGGCGUGUUGGGGGCGGUGUCCGACGCGACCGGGAGAAGGCGGGAGAGCUCGCAGGGGGCGAGGGCGAGGGGCGGCUGGCUGGGCAGCAUGAGUCAGCAGCGGCCGGCGCGGAAACUGCCCAGCCUGCUCGUGGACCCGGCCGAGGAGACGGUGCGCCGCCGGUGUCGAGACCCCAUCAACGUGGAGGGCCUGCUGCCAUCAAAAAUAAGGAUUAAUUUAGAAGAUAAUGUGCAAUAUGUGUCCAUGAGAAAAACUCUAAAAGUGAAGAGACCGCGUUUUGACGUGUCCCUGGUAUAUUUAACUCGGAAAUUCAUGGAUCUUGUCAGAAAUGCUCCUGGGGGCAUCCUCGACUUAAACAAGGUCGCAACAAAACUGGGAGUACGGAAACGGAGAGUGUACGACAUCACCAAUGUCUUGGAUGGGAUCGACCUGGUGGAAAAAAAGUCUAAGAACCACAUUCGAUGGAUAGGAUCUGAUCUCAGCAAUUUUGGAGCCGUGCCCCAGCAGAAGAAGCUGCAGGAUGAACUUUCUGACUUAUCAGCAAUGGAAGAGGCUCUGGACGAGCUAAUCAAGGAUUGUGCUCAGCAGUUGUUCGAGUUAACAGAUAACAAAGAAAACGAAAGACUAGCGUAUGUGACGUACCAAGACAUUCACAGCAUCCAGGCCUUCCACGAGCAGAUCGUUAUUGCAGUCAAAGCUCCAGCGGAGACCAGACUGGAUGUUCCAGCGCCCAGAGAAGACUCUAUCACAGUGCACAUCCGGAGCACCAAAGGGCCCAUCGACGUCUACCUGUGCGAAGUAGAGCCGCGUCGCCCCAGCGGCAAAGGGUCUGAAGGUGCAGGGAGCUCGUCAUCGAAGAGCAAACACCCAGAAAACCCUGCUAAAGAAGAAGCUCCUCCACAGCCAAGUGAAGAGCUGCUUGAGGUGAGCGACUGAUGACAGGGUCCGAGACGGCGCGCACUGGGCGUUCUGGAGCUCCCUGGGGGUGGCCUGGCGUCCAGUUUGAUUCUCAGAGCAGUACAUGCCGCCUGAGUCCCCUCGCUCGCCGGCAGUGGCAGCGUCACGGCCAACGGUGUCCUGGAGUAGCUCGCUGCCUGGGGUCCUGGGUUACUACGGACGGCUGUCGUUCCGCAUUCGAAGAAAAGUCUUUUCAUAAUUCACUGCUUUUUGUCAGUGAAACAGACAUCCUGCCUGCUGAAGUCACUUCACCCUGAAGAUCAUUAAACGGACAGCCGGGCCUGGGACGGAGAGUCCUUCCUGGGCCCUGCCCCUUCCUUCAAGGAUCACGUGUGGUCAUCACAAAAGCCGUUGCCUUACACGAGUCCACGUCUGCAGUUAGCUGCUGUUCAUUGGAUGGGUGUGCACACGCACCUAAGUGUGCUGUCUUUGUACAUAUCUGUAUAAUGUUCGGAUUACUUAUGUGCGCCUAAGUGAAUCUUUUCACCAUUGUAUAGCCAAAAUAAUGUGUAUAUGGAAAUUAACAGACAAAUGCUCUAAUUUCUGUGGUAUCUGUAACUUAUUAGAAUCCUCUGAAUGAGGGUUAGAGGAGAGUUUUUCCAAACUUCUACAUGUAGAAGUAUCAUAAAUAGGCUAUACACUUUUAAGUUCAUGCAUUUAAUGAAAGAAUUUCAGUAAGAUUCCCAGUGCUAGAAUUGGAUUUCAAGCUACUUACCGUUACCGUGUCUGAGCAGACUGGUGGCAUUGCCCCAAGCCUUCAGGGACAAGUAUAGAAACGCCAUCACAUAGAGGCCUCACUGAGCGUAAGGCACAAGUUCAGCUACAGUGACAAUUGGAAACCACUUUACUGUUGCCCGCAGGCUUUAUGCCGUGUUUCUGUGUGUAGCCUUGCUCUUCAGCAGAGGGGUUUACCUGGGCGUUGCCUGCGCCCUGUCCUCUGGCCAGCUCUGGUCCCCCAUUGCCAAGUACCUGGCUAAUUCUACCUCACGGGGUCAGCCCCGCACCGCUCUGUGCCUCGGUUCACUCAGUAGUCCACCGUGUGACUGUGAGCUCCUGGAGGGACUUGCUCUCAGUCGUCGUUCCACGCAGCCUCGCGCCAUGCCUGGCACACGAGACGUGCUCGAUAAAUGACUGAACCGGCCCGUGGGUGAGCGAGUCGUGAAGUUCAACUAGCAAUGUGUGGCUUGUCUACCGUGCAGGAUUCUUGUGAGCGUCAUUCACGUUUACCUUUUAAACAUCUCUGGUUUCCAAAGGAGAAAUUGGAAGCAACCUGAAGACCAUGGAUAAAAAACUUUUAAACAGGAAUCAAAAAUCACUGUAUUGAAAAAUAACGCUGAGUGUGUGGGAUCCUCGUACCCUGCGCCCCGGUGGCUCUGCUAGUCCGGUCCCUCUGCGGCACGGGGCCCCUCCCUCUCAGCAGCCCCUGCCGGCUCUGUCGCCAGGCUAGCGGCUGCCAGCAGUGCCCCGCGUUUGAGACAGGCUGGGGAACUUGGGACCUCAGGCAGGAGCGUGAGUAUAUGCAUCAGGUGCUCACGAGAAGACCUGGGGUCUACAAAGGAGAAAGAGCAGAUGUCAGCGUCUGUGUGGUGGCCAAAGUCAUGGGGUGGGGGGUGAGGUUGGCUGAAGAGGGUGCAGCAGGAGCGGAGAGGCCCACAGGGAAAUAAGGGAGCAAGAGCCUCUCCUGAGAAGGAAUAAUGGGGGCAGGGGGAUAGAGAAGGCAGUCCCCCCCAGCCAGCGAAGGAAGUGUGGCCCAAGGCGAUAGCAUUGCUUCUGAGCCACAGUUCCUUCCUUGCAAAACGUGACAAAUGUUCUACUUGACAAGCUGGUGUGAGGGUGAAGUGAGACUGUAAACAAAAAGGCUUUUGUAACCAUAGAUGUGUUAUAUAAAGGCGGGAUUCCUGUCCCUC